AGAGGGAAAGGGGGCGAGAUAGGCGCGCAGGCGGCAGAAGCCUUUGGUUCCCCUUCUGCUUGGGCCGUAGCCCUCCCCGCCCCGCCGACCGCGGUCACACACUCGGAGCCUCCCCGUGAGCGGGAGCGCGGCGCACGGCGAUGCGCCGAGGCUGGCGCUGAGGCGGCGCCGCGCGAGCAGCAGCAGAGGCGGCGGCGGCCCCCAGCCCAGCCCGGCGCCGCCGCCGAGCCCGGGCCCCAAGGUGUGGCGGCGCCCGAAGUUCCCGCCAUGAGCAGCCGGCUUGGGGGUCUCCGCGGCCCCGGGGACUCCCGCCCCGCCGAGCGCGACCGCAGCGCCCCGCGGCCCCGACGCGCUUAACGCUGCGGCUCGCCGGUCCCACCACCGCCGCCUCCGCCGCCGCUCGCAUCCUCGCCGCCACCGCCUCGGCCGCUGCAGCGCCGCCGGCAGCAUGUCUCGAAGGAAGAUUUCGUCCGAGUCCUUCAGCUCCCUGGGCUCCGACUACCUGGAGACCAGCCCGGAGGAGGAGGGGGAGUGCCCCCUGUCUAGGCUCUGCUGGAAUGGCAGCCGGAGCCCGCCCGGGCCGCCGGAGCCCAGCGCGGCCGCCGCUGCGGCUGCCGCCGCCGCCGCCGCCCCAGCCCCGGCUGCUUCUGCCGCCGCCGCCGCCGUCACGGCCGGGGCCAGGAGGGUGCAGCGCCGGAGGCGGGUCAACCUGGACUCGCUGGGCGAGAGCAUCAGCCGCCUGACGGCACCCUCGCCUCAGACGAUACAGCAAACUCUCAAGAGGACACUGCAGUAUUAUGAACAUCAAGUUAUUGGUUACAGAGAUGCAGAAAAGAAUUUCCACAAUAUCUCUAACAGAUGCUCCUAUGCAGAACACUCCAACAAAGAAGAAAUCGAAGAUGUCUCAGGAAUUCUUCAGUGUACUGCUAAUAUACUCGGUUUGAAGUUUGAGGAAAUUCAAGAAAGAUUUGGUGAAGAGUUCUUUAAUAUAUGCUUUCAUGAGAAUGAGAGAGUCCUUCGAGCUGUAGGUGGCACUUUGCAGGACUUUUUUAACGGCUUUGAUGCUUUGUUGGAACACAUUAGAACUUCUUUUGGAAAACAGGCCACUCUGGAGUCACCCUCUUUCCUAUGCAAAGAGCUUCCUGAAGGCACUCUCAUGCUCCACUACUUCCACCCUCACCAUAUUGUGGGGUUUGCAAUGCUGGGGAUGAUUAAGGCUGCAGGAAAGAAGAUCUAUCGGCUGGACGUGGAAGUAGAACAGGUUGCAAAUGAGAAGCUAUGCUCUGAUGUUUCAAACCCAGGCAAUUGUAGCUGUCUUACUUUCCUUAUCAAAGAAUGUGAAAAUACUAAUAUCACGAAGAACCUUCCACAGGGAACCUCCCAAGUUCCUGCGGACCUCAGAAUUAGCAUCAACACCUUCUGCAGAGCCUUCCCUUUCCACUUGAUGUUUGACCCCAGCAUGUCAGUCCUUCAGCUGGGGGAAGGUCUAAGGAAGCAGCUUCGAUGUGACACUCACAAAGUGCUCAAGUUUGAGGACUGCUUCGAGAUUGUAUCUCCAAAGGUUAAUGCCACCUUUGAAAGGGUCCUACUGCGACUGUCUACCCCGUUUGUGAUUAGAACCAAGCCUGAGGCUUCUGGCUCUGAAAAUAAAGACAAGGUGAUGGAAGUCAAAGGACAAAUGAUCCAUGUUCCAGAAUCAAAUUCCAUUUUAUUUUUGGGCUCUCCAUGUGUGGACAAGUUGGAUGAACUCAUGGGCCGAGGGCUACAUCUCUCAGACAUCCCUAUCCAUGAUGCCACCCGAGAUGUCAUUUUGGUUGGUGAGCAGGCAAAGGCCCAAGAUGGCUUGAAGAAAAGGAUGGAUAAAUUAAAGGCAACUUUAGAAAGAACUCACCAGGCCCUGGAAGAAGAGAAAAAGAAGACAGUGGAUCUUCUAUAUUCUAUUUUCCCUGGCGAUGUAGCCCAGCAAUUGUGGCAAGGGCAGCAAGUACAGGCCAGAAAGUUUGAUGAUGUCACCAUGCUCUUUUCAGACAUUGUUGGCUUCACAGCCAUAUGUGCCCAGUGUACUCCCAUGCAAGUAAUCAGCAUGCUGAAUGAACUGUACACCAGAUUUGACCACCAGUGUGGAUUUUUGGAUAUUUAUAAGGUGGAAACAAUAGGUGAUGCCUACUGUGUUGCAGCAGGGCUCCACAGAAAAAGCCUCUGCCACGCUAAACCCAUUGCUCUGAUGGCCUUGAAGAUGAUGGAACUUUCAGAAGAGGUGCUGACACCUGAUGGAAGACCGAUUCAGAUGAGGAUAGGAAUUCACUCGGGCUCCGUGCUGGCUGGAGUUGUUGGGGUGCGAAUGCCACGUUAUUGCCUGUUUGGAAAUAAUGUCACGCUGGCAAGCAAAUUUGAGUCAGGAAGUCACCCUCGGCGCAUCAAUGUCAGCCCAACCACUUACCAAUUAUUAAAACGGGAAGAAAGUUUCACAUUCAUUCCACGGUCUCGUGAAGAGCUUCCAGACAACUUUCCAAAGGAAAUUCCUGGGAUCUGCUAUUUCCUGGAGGUAAGGACUGGUCCAAAGCCACCAAAGCCUUCUCUUUCUUCGUCGAGAAUAAAAAAGGUUUCCUACAACAUCGGCACCAUGUUCCUCCGGGAGACAAGCCUCUGAGACCUGCUACAGAACAAAGACGCCUCCAAAAAGCACAAGCCCAGAACAUGGGUCACCACAGCGGGGGUGGAAAGAGAUUGUGUCUCUUUCAUUGCUUUGUUGAGAACAAGCAGCAAAAUUUCUGUAUUAUGUCAGGCAAUAAUCCUACUAAAAGGUGGAGGUGACCGCUGUUAAUACAAAGCCGGAGGAUUAGGGAAAUAAGAUGUGUCCAUUCAUAUGAGUGUUUUUGGUCAUAUAUAUAUACAUAUAUUUUAAUUACAAGUGUGGGUCCCCUUUCAGAACUAACCAAUAAAUAGGUUCCAUGUUUUCUUGUUUAUCACACAUACAAGUAUCUUUCCCUAUAUAUUUGUACCACUUUUGAGAGCCAGUUUUGAUUAUAUAUUCCUACAUUUAGUGAGUUGGUGGGUGAGGAAUAUUUUCUAAGUUUCUUUUUCUGAACAGACAUUUCAUACAUGUAUCAUGGCAGUGUGGUAAACUUCCCAACUGGAAGAAUUGUAACUCGGCAAAAUAUUUUAGGGAUAUUACCUAUUUUUAUACAUAUCUCUUCUAGAUAACUACAUUUCACACAACAUUAUUAGAUUUUCAGAAUCUGCUUCUGUAUUGUUAGUAUAUUAUAUAAUACUAACCUAUUAAUCUAACAUAGUUUCCCUUAUUUAGAGAAAUCAGUGCUUGGACUGAGAAUACAUAUAACCAAGGAUUUCAGAUACCAAGAAAGCACUCUAUGUCUGCUUAGUAAAUAUAUCUUAGAUUUAAUUAAUGUAGCAUGGAAUCCAGAGGAAAUGGAAUUUCCAAAUACCAGAUAUAUCUGUAACCAAGAUUGAAGAAAGGUCUUUUUGCCACCUUCUAACAAAUAUCAGUUAAAAUGAGAUGCUUUGCUACACUGGACCCUUUUCAACUUAGCACUUAUAUAGGUAGCUUUUGCAACACUAAACUAUAUUCUAAUAAACAGCAUUCAACUAAAUGACAUGUUAGUUACCCCCUUCCUUUUCCCCAGUUGAUGCCUCCUAAGAGCCGAAUGCUAUUCUUGGAGCAAAUUCCUGGACACUGGCAUUAGUGACAAAGAAGUGUCAGGACAUUUUGCCAAGAAUGUUGUUUCUUCUUGUACAACACAAAGCAAGGAAACCUCUGUAUUUUAUGGCUUUGAGGUUUUAAAAAAAAGUUCUGCAGUUUGAUUGAUACGGCUUUUAAAUUCAGUGAAUCACUUUCAUGAAUACUGAAGUAGCUAUAAUCUUCAGAACUAGUAAUCAUUAUAGUUACAGAUAGGAUUCCAUCGCAUGUCCUGCUCAAUUGAAGACCUGUUCUCAUUAAUCAAUACUGCAUGAAAAUAUUACUGGCUCACACUAAAAUUAGGAGCAUCAUGUGUCCAGAGUUUUCCUGUUUGGGAUCAAAUAUAAAAUCUAAGUUUCUAUUGAGGUUAAUAAACUGGAAGCAUUUGUUUCGUUGAAACCUUGGAGAGGUCAUUUUCCUACUCAUUGAUAACUUAUGUCUAACUGAAUGCAAUAUUCUUUUCUGUUCAGGGAUUUUGGCUGCAUUAUGGUUUGGUUAUGACAUAACUCAGUUAAAGAACAUAUUUACUAAUUUCCAAUGUAGUCUAUGAGGCUUAUUUAAUGUUUUUAAAUUUUCUAUUUGUGUGGCUAGAAGGCAUUUGUAGAUAUGCAAAUAUUUGUUAUAAUCAUGAUCCCUUUUAUAAUUUGAGUUAUUUUCUUGCCCUGGGGGUUUAUAAGGGCACAAGUACAACACUCUUUAUAUGGAGAUGACAGGAAGUAGACCUGGAACUCUAAACCUUUGCCUGACCCCCUCUUCUGUGGGCCUGUGUCUCUGGACAAUGAGGAGGUUUACAGUCAGUACGAGCAGAGCAGGCUGGGAGCCCCUCAGUCCUCAUGCUUAUAUUAGAAAAUGCCUUAGCAAUGUUGAUGGGCUCCUUGUAGCACUGGAGCAUGGGGAGAGAACAAGCUCACUGAUGUCGUUUAUUAUGUCUUCAGUAACUUAGAACUUAUUAUGGUAUAUUAAAUCAAUAAACAUGUUGGUGAUGAACAAUGAGUUUUGUAACCGUAAGGCUGAAAGGGACUUCCAGGAAUAUCCAAUCUAUUUCUCUCACUUUUUGUAAAGAUUUGUCUAAGCAACUACAAACACAUAUUUAUUCUCUCCAUACUUAAGAAUAUCUAUGGGAAGCAUAUUUGAAAAGCAUCAUUGGAAAUCCACCUCAUUACUAGUGAUAGGCCUGGAGAGAAGUAUUGUAUUUAUAUAUCUCAAUUUGUCAGAAGAAUCACAAAUUCUGUAUUAGUUUAUGUGAUUUUACUUAGAGAAGACGUAUCCAUUUACAUUGCCAUAAAUGUCACGAUGAAGAACGUGCCAGAGAUUUCUUAUCUGUCACCGACAGGAUGUCAACUACAUUUUUCAUACGUUAUAAUCUAAGUGUAUAUUCAAAGCUAUAGUCUGAGAUAAUGGUCCAAUCUGUUAUCAUUUUGCUAAUCUAUUAUAGUUGAUUAUUGUAGUUACAAUGUUUCUAUAUGUUUGUGAAGUACUAUAUAAAAUGUCUGUUCAUUCAAACUUCAAUCACAGAAGUUAGAAGAUGGAGAAAGAAUUAUAUUUUUAUUUGUCCUACACAAUGCCAUCUACAUCUCUUAGGAACUGUGAUUGUAACAAUGUGGUAGCAUUUGUUAUUUCAUAUGACUUAUCUAUAUUCUCACUUACUUACAAACUAUUACCAACAGCAUGCAUUUUAGUAUGGCAGAUAAAAGAAAUUUAUGUGAUAUUUCCUUAGAAACCAAAUGAUAUCAAAUUGGGGAAAUGGUUUUAACCCACUCUACAAGGGAUACUUUAAAAUAUAAUUUGGCACCUAUAGCUCUUGCAUUUUAAUGUUCUUUAAAGCUGCUAUUUGGAAGAAGGCAACUUAUAACUGGCCAUUAGCACCAAAGCAUCAAUCACAUUGGUAUCAGGAUUAUGUUGAUGGAGAGAAUGUCAUCAUUUGCAAAUAAAUCAGUUAUCUAACAAAAUCAGAAUCCCCCAAUAUGUACUCAGAAUGUACUACCCUGUAUCUUCUUUGUGGACCUUAAUAAUUAGGUAUCAUUGACCAUAAUAAAAAAUAAUAAUAUGCCUCAGAAACAUAGUAGUUGGAUCUCUUGUCUAUAUAAUAUAGAGAAGGGGAAGAAGACAUAGCUUCCAGGUAACUUGGGACCCAACUGCCUACAAUCUACCUUUAUUCAUCUCUUGCUCUAUAUUUUAAGUAAUCUUGGAUUUUCCUUUUAAUAUCUGAUUAUGUGGAAUCAAGUGAGCUUUGAUCUGGGACUCUGAGACAGACAUUGAUGCCUGAGAUUUGAGGGUGGGUCCAUAGGUUCAGCACUUCAAAUGUUAUUUCUCACAGUCUUGCACUCCUUCCUCUUGUCCAGUGACAAUGGUGUCAGGACACAGUAGUUUAGUGUGAAUGUGCAUGUCUCUCCAGGAAAAGCAAAGCAAAAGAGAAUAACAACUUAAACAAAAUCUCAUUCACAAAGGGAGCAAGACUUUUAACUUUGCAAAUGCCUCUAAAGAGUUCUAGCAAUAUAAAGCCAAAUUAAAUUGAUAGAUAACAAAAGGCAAAGCCGUGGAGAAUUCUGAAAACCCCACCAGGCAUUGUGUUUUGUACAGAAUCAUAUUGCUGCUGAACAAAACGGUGUGUGUAUCUAAAGUCGUAAGGCAUCAAGUAGGAGCUCAAAAUUAUGACCAUCAUUAAAUAUAUUUGUGGAAGCCUUCUUGGGUUCCAGACGUUCUGAGGGCAAGUGUUGUGGAUGGUUAA